AGAGGCGCGGCGCAGCUCCCUCAGCGGCAGUCACGGCCGGCCAGCGCGCGCCCGGCACGCGCGCCCCCAGGGCCUCGGCUCGCGGACCCGGCUCUCAGGCGCCGCGGGAGAGGCCCCUACUCACGGAGCGCGCGGCCCGUGCGCCCCCGCGCCGACCGCAUUCCUCAGUACGUGGCACCCUUGGAAAGUGCCUGUCUGGUCAAUCGAAGAGUCCUCGUUUCGACAAAAAAAUUCCCCUCAGAAAUAUGCAUCGUACGGCAAUGAAGGGGUUUUCACUAUGAAGUAGAGUGAGAUCGUCCGACCAGGUCAGGACGAACAUGUAAGGAGUUGGAUCUAAGCAGGCACUAUUAAGGACAGUCGCAUCCGGGCCCUCCUGCCGCAAGCUGCCCUCCCAGCCAAGGGUCCUUCAGGUAGGAGGUCCUGGGUGACUUUGGAAGUCCGCAGUGUCUCAUUGCGGAUACUUCUUAGCUUAGGACCUGGUGGCUAGGUUGGUUCUCUCCUUUCCAAUCGGAGACCUCUACCGCAAACAUGCUUCGCCAGAUCAUCAGUCAGGCCAAGAAGCAUCCGAGCUUGAUCCCCCUCUUUGUAUUUAUUGGAACUGGAGCUUCUGGAGCAACACUGUAUCUCUUGCGUCUGGCAUUGUUCAAUCCAGAUGUUUGUUGGGACAGAAAUAACCCAGAGCCCUGGAACAAACUGGGUCCCAAUGAUCAAUACAAGUUCUACUCAGUGAAUGUGGAUUACAGCAAACUGAAGAAGGAACGUCCAGAUUUCUAAAUGAAAUGUUUCACUAUAAUGUUGCUUUAGAAUGAAGGUCUUCCAGAAGCCACAUCCGCACAAUUUUCCACUUAACCAGGAAAUAUUUCUCCUCUAAAUGCAUGAAAUCAUGUUGGAGAUCUCUAUUGUAAUCUCUAUUGGAGAUUACACUGAUUAAAUCAAUAAAUAACUGAAACUUG